AGAAUGCUCUGAUACAAUAAUUUUUGUCAAUGAUUUAGUUAGCUGAGUCAGUGAUUGCCAGAAGACUUUGCUUGGGAAAAAACAAAACAAAAAAAAACGCCAGAUCCAUUCAACCCCUUACCCCCUUUAAAGUUAUUUAUCACAUUAUUCCACACAGUGGCAUAUACUGUUUAUUUUUUAUAUAAUGUUUGUUCCAUCUCUUGAAGCCAUAUGAUAUUGAUCACUAUUCUCAUAAUCCAAUAAACAGGAGGUUAAUGGGAACUUGAUGGCGACAGGGGGGCCCACUCAGAGUGUGACAGGUAAAUGACAAGUAGGGGUGCACAGCAAAUGUUUGCACAUUGGCUCCUUAACAGCUUAAUCCAGCCAUGGACUUGACAGGUGCGACGGACUGGCUGCUGUCCGUGGUGCUGAUGUGUCCCGGUGGUCGGGCAGGUCUCAGUGUUCCUCUCCAGACCUGCAGGGGGCGGCAGAGCGCGCUGCAGCUACAUGUUGAUAAGCAGAAGAAACUGAGACACGUGAGCAGCAGCAGUGAAAACAUGGCGACGCCUCUUAGUGCAGCUCAUGUAUGUCGCCUGGCGGGACGGACUGUCGCCUCCCUGUCCGCCAGACACAGGCGGGCUGUGAGCCUGCCAGCGAGGAGAUGCUACGUAUCCGCUUCGACGGGGAGAAAUCUGCAGUUUAGGCUUGAUGAGAGAACAGCCCACAGUAGCCUAGACCUAUUCAAGAAAGACACUGGUAUAAUCUACCGCAUGCUGGGCCUGGACCCCAGCCAUGUGCCAAACAACCCAGAGCGUUUCCGAGACUGGGCCGUCGUGUUUGGUGAUGAGAAGAUCAGCAGCGGAAGACACUACUGGGAGGUGACUGUCAAAAAGUCUCAAGAGUUUCGUCUGGGUGUGGCUGAGGCGUUGAUGUCCAGAGAUGAGUGUGUGGGCACCAACAACUCCUCCUGGAUGUUUGGCUACGCUCAGCGCAAAUGGUUUGCCAUGACCAGCAAUAAGAUGGUUCCUGUGACGCUAGUAGGAAAGCCUGACCGUGUAGGCAUCCUGCUUGACUACGAAGCGGGGCUCCUGGGGCUGGUGGACAUUGAGAAGCCCAGGAUCAUUCACAGCGUCAGGGUUCAGUUCAAGUCACAUCUCUGCCCCGCAUUUGGACUUUGGGACGGGGAACUGCUCACACACUCUGGUCUGGAGGAGCCUGAAGGCCUGAAGUGAAGCAGGAUAAACUGUGAUGGCUAUGAUUGUAAUGGUCUUGACAGGCAGUGGGCUGGGCGUAGCACCAUGGAAACACUUAUCACAUUAUCUUUAAUGCAGGAAAGAAAGCAAUAUCUUCCUUGGGAAUCAUGUACAGCUUAACUUCAGAUGAUGGUUAAUUUUCUGUGGGCCAGCUGGUUCAUAAUCAUGACUCUUAACAAUGCAAGUUCAUACUUUGUGUAUGUCAUCGACCUCAGGCAUUCAUAUCACAGAAGCUGUUUUGUGUGUACCUCGUGUAUUACCUCUCAGAUGUGUGGUUGAGAGAAACAUUAACUGCCAAGUUUUUCUUUUACACUUUGUCUUCUGGUGUUACCAACAGUUACAAAGCUCAAAUCUGCACAAAACCUUUUUCAGUCUCAUGUUCAUACUGUAUAUUGUUUAAUAAAAUAACAUCACUCAAA